AUGAUUGAGGGAAUAGUGAAGGAUGAUGUUAUUGAACCUUCAUCUAGUCCAUGGUGUUCACCUGUGGUGCUGGUAAAGAAGAAGGAUGGCAGCAUGCAUUUUUGUGUUGACUAUCGCCGUCUAAGCGACGAUACGAAGGAGGACAGCUAUCCCUUGCCAAGAAUUGGUAACACGUUGGACAUGCUUACAGGAAAGGGUCUGUGGCAAUUUAAAGUCAUGCCGUUUGGCUUGUGCAAUGCUCCAGCAACGUUUGAAAGGUUGAUGGAGCUUCUACUUACCGGGCUAAUCGGCGAUGCUUGUCUGGUCUACUUGGAUGACAUCAUCAUCGUAGGCCGUACGUUUGAGGAACACCUUCAAAACCUUGAACGCGUGCUCAUGAAGAUCCAGAGUGCCAACCUCAAGUUGAGUCCGAAGAAAUGCUCACUAUUCAAACGGCAAGUCAGCUUUUUGGGGCAAGAGGGUAAGAAAGUGGUAUCUAUGAGAAUGCUCAGGACAGACCAGCUCAGCAAUGAGUGGAAGGAUAGCCUACAACAUGCACAGCAGGAACAUUCAGCCGAUUCUGGAAUGGAAUUAGGCCAGUGGUCCUUAGCCCAAGUGGAGCGACGUCUCAGUGAUGAGUUUGACCACGAAAAGAUAUUGGACCCAAUGGCACAGCUUGCUGAUUCAGGAUGA